GUAGUGCCAAUAUAUGUCCCGUCUUUGGAAAGCGAAAGCUUUCCUGUGAAUUCUAUUCUGUGGUACAGAGUGGUGCAGAGCACCAAGGAUAUAUUGGUAAAGAGGACCAGUCCUUUUGUAUUCUGUUUCUAACGUGAUGUUUGGCAUUUCGAUCCUCUCCAGAACUUAUAUGCCUAGUCAAUGCUAGUUCUACCAUAUCUCCCGCACCCACCAUGCCUACUAGUCGUCAGGCACAAAGUCCCAUAAGAAAAAGGUGUAAGAUACUCAAAUUUACCAUGUCUACAAUGAAAUUAAAUAUGCAAGACAAGAAAGAUUUAGAUAAAUUUACGAAGUUCCUGGCAUUGAAAGCUGCUCAAAUUAUCGUCCAAUCUAGAUCUGGUGAAAAGGUCAAUACUAAGUGCAAGCCCAAUUCCUCAGGAACUGAUUGGUUCAAUCUUGCAAUUCAGGAUCUGCCUGAUGUUUUGAGUGAAGCAAAACGUGCACUAUGUGGGGAAAUUGUUAGCUCUACAAUACCACUGUGCAUAGAAAUAUCAUUGCGUACUGUGGAAGGUGAUACAAUGGUUUUGGAAACAUGGAGCCUUGGAGUUUUACCAGAACAUAGUGAUCCAACUAUCAGAGUUACAUAUACUGUAUAUAACAGAAUGGGAAUUUUAUUAAAAUCAUUACUUUCCGUGACUCGAAUCACCCCAGCAUAUAAAUUAAGUAGAAGGCAGGGUCCUGAAUCAUAUGUUAUUUGCUAUAGAAUUUAUAUGGGAGAACCACAGUUGCACACAUUAGGUGACAACUAUAAACAUGUGAGAGUAGGUCAAUUAUGUACUCCUGUGGGUACGAUACAUCUUUCUGUAUCGUAUAGAACAAAAAUGACUAUUUCUCCUACUCAAACCGGCCGAGACUCGAUCAUGCUCAAAAGUGAUCAUUUCCAUUCUGACCUAAGUCCACGGCAUGCUCGUUAUCAGCAAAGUGACAACCAUACGAAGUCCCUCAGCGACACAAUCAAAGUAGGUGCUUUUGCUGUCAAUAAACAAGUUGUGGUCAACGAGGGAGACCUAGUUAUUCCUGACGUUCCAUUCAGUUCUCUUUUGAUCCCACGACAAACAUCGCCGCCACCAGCAUCAACUGUAGAAGCUGCAGAUGCAACUACUCCUGUUACAACGGACAACAAUAACGGCAACAAUGAAAAAGUGCCUACUGACAGCCCGAUGCCGAAGUGUAACUCUCAAAAUGGUUCCAGAAGAAGCAGUUGCUCGAUGACAAGUGCCAACGAUGAUUUUAUUAUGGUAGACUUGAAAACUCCUUUUGCAGGAACAAACACAAAUAGUGACCUUGGUGCAUUUUACCGUGAAUGUCAAACAGCACCACAGCUUCAAGCAUUCAUGGAAGAAAGAACAUUAGCAGAACAAAUUGGAGAUCUUACGAAACAGCUGGAGACUUUUGAAACAAAUAUGCAUCAUUACGAAGAUAUGUUAUUGUCCUUAUGCCAAACUGAAAAUAACAAUUAACUGCUAUAUAUAAUGUGAAUAGUAUAUAUUUAUUGAAAAUCAUUGAUCCACUGUACGCUACUUGAUUUUUCUCGGUAUUAGCUAUUUGCCAACGAUAACAGUUUUCACUUAUAUAGGACAUAUUAAGCCUGGUAACAAUUUUGUUGAACAUUUUAUAUUAGACUGAACCCUUUGUGGCUCCCUUGCUAUUGCGCGCCUCAUGCUAUGCAAAAUCAUCGAUCUUGUAAAUAAUAAAGAAAACAAAAUUUCUUGACUAUUAUAUAA